AUGAAAAUUUUCUUCACCAUCCUUGUUCAACUCGUUUUUGCCACAUUGGCUAAACCCACUGGCCCAGUCGUAAGACUUGUUCGGCAAGAAGCUUUACUCGCUGGAAAGAAUCAAGAAACAAUUUCGCACCUCACACCUAACCACAACAAUCCACCUGUUUUCCUAGCAGAAGUAUCAAUCGGCCAGCCGCCAUUUCCACAAUUGCUUUAUGUGGAUAGUGGCAGUAGUCUCACCUGGAUCAAAUGUGGAGCAUGCAACACAUGUCAAUCUCAAGUUCCGGGGUAUGAUCCAAAGGCUUCAUCAACGUACAAGAGUGUGAGCUGUGGCAAUUCUUCGUUUGCGUCAUCUCCCGCCUUAUACCCCGUUAUAAGAACCGGGGAAUGUCAUUAUCGCCAGAUGUAUUUGGACGGCUCAGAAAGCAGAGGUACUUUAGCCAAAGAAACGAUGCGGUUUGAGACGGAGGACGGCGGGGUUAAUUCACUGCCAGAUGUUGACUUUGGAUGUGCGCAUGACAUCAUCAAUGGCUUCAGUGUUGGAAGUGGUCUACUUGGGUUAGCAUACGGAAAGUUCUCAAUUCUAAAAAAACUUGGCAACAAGUUUUCCCUAUGCUUUGAGACAUUAAGAAGUGAACCGAACUCCGGUCACAGCUUUCUAGCAUUUGGAGAUGCAGCAAGGACCACGGGACAAUCAACGGCGUUAUUUAUGAUGUAUGAUCAUUAUCAUGUUGACCUGGAGACCAUCAGUAUCAACGGAAAAGAUAUUCCAAAUUUUUUGGCACCCAUCAAAGGAAACACAAUCAUCGACACAGGGACUAGUAUGCUGAACUUGGCUGGACAAUCCUACUUCGAGCUCAAGAGUCAUAUUGAGAGCAAACUUGACGGGCAUCUAAACACGUUUACCGAUGGUCAAUUGGCAUGUUACAAUGGGACCAUUCAACGCGAGCUGCCUUCAUUGCCUACCGUCACAUUGACCUUCUACAAAGGGGCUUCUUUAAUGUUAGAUCCAACCAGCCUAUUCCACCAAUCUGGAGAUGAAUAUUUCUGCUUAGCUGUGGUGAUGAGCCCAGAAGGUAUUGAUAUUAACAUCAUUGGGACAACGGCACUUCAGAAUUAUAACAUCGGGUUUGAUCUUGAAGAUGAAACAAUUUAUUUUGAUAAAAUCUCAUGCGACUAUCUAAACUAG